AUGGCAUCUACGCUCCGCGCUCCGAGAAUCAUCCAGCGUCUCGCGACCUCCGCUUCACGGCCGUCGCCGCAGACAGGAAUCCUAGUCAGGAACAGCCGGGCAUUUGCCUCUGCCUCGCCAUCACACUGUAUCUGUAUCCGCUGCCAGCUCCGACUCGCAAGAAUCAGUACAAGCACGAGAACCAGCAUCCUCACCCGCCACGCGCAACACCGCACCUUCACAACCUCACCUACCCUCACCAACCAGGAACCCAGCAGCGGAACAGAAACCGAAACACUGCAAAUCCCCAACCCGCCCAACACAACAAACAACUACACGAUCUUCCCGCAGACCCUCCCAUCAGGCCCGCCGCCCUCCGCCCCCUUCACCAUCGACCUCCCAACCCUAAAGCGCGAAUUCCUCUCCUUGCAAAACACGCUCCACCCGGAUAAGUACCCACCGGGACCCCUCAAGUCGCAAGCCGAGAGGCUCUCGGCGCGGAUCAACGACGCAUACCGCACUCUCGCCGACCCGCUGCUGCGCGCGCAAUAUAUCCUGAAGGAGUUCCAUGGAAUCGAUGUUCUGGCGGAGGAUGGCGCCGGGCAACACCCGCUUGAUCCGGAGCUGUUGAUGGAGGUUAUGGAUGUGCAGGAGGCGAUCGAGGAGGUUGGGGAGGGGGAGGAGGCGAUUAAGGCGAUUGAGGGGAUGAAGAGGGAGAAUGAGGAGCGGGUGGAGGAGUGUGUGGGGAGGAUGGCGGAGGCGUUUGAUAAUGGGGAUGUGCAGGGGGCUGUGGAGGAGUGUGUGCGGUUGAAGUUUUGGGUUAGUGUUGGGGAGGGAUUAAGGGAGUGGGAGCCCGGAAUGGGCGGGAUUAGGUUGAUUCAUUGA